CACUCAGCUUCUUGGGAGCUCCGCAGAAAAAGGCAGCUCUCCUGGAAUGUGGCAAGGUGGCCAACACACUUAUCUCUUAACAUUUCCUUACCUCCAGAGGAGCCUGGCCGGGAAGACAAAGGUGAGAACGGGGAGCCCUAUCAGAGGAGGAAGGGUGCGGGGGUCACCCUGCCAGACCCCCCCCCAGCGUUCCCCACGGCCAGAGACUCUGCCCAGAGCGCUGGCAGCAGCAGCUGGAGGCGGAUUCUGCUGAUGAUCCUGGCUAUAACCAUCCACAACAUCCCAGAGGGUCUGGCAGUGGGAGUUGGAUUCGGGGCUGUUGGAAAAUCAGCGUCUGCCACCUUCCAAAGCGCCAGGAACUUAGCAAUCGGGAUUGGGAUUCAGAAUUUCCCGGAGGGUCUGGCCGUCAGCCUGCCUUUGCGCGGCGCUGGAUUUUCCACGUGGAAAGCGUUCUGGUACGGGCAGCUGAGUGGGAUGGUGGAGCCUUUAGCCGGCAUCUUCGGUGCCUUCGCCGUGAUGGUGGCAGAACCUCUCCUCCCUUAUGCCUUGGGCUUUGCCGCCGGAGCCAUGGUCUACGUGGUGAUGGACGACAUCAUCCCUGAGGCACAGACCAGUGGCAACGGGAAGCUGGCUUCCUGGACAUCCAUACUGGGAUUUGUGGUGAUGAUGUCCCUGGAUGUUGGGCUGGGGUAGGGCAGCGCGACACCCCCCAGGAGAAGACUUCAGAGCCAUUUGUGCGGCGGCGUUUGGAACUGGACACGCGUUUAUCCUCUAGACUUUUUUUUUGUAUAUAUAUUAUUAUUUUUUUUUUGGAUCUGGUUUGGUGUUGAUUUCCUCUAAUUUUAUAUCUCUUCCUCCCCUCCAAUGUCAUGUCGAUGGUUUUCAAAGCACAAAUACGGGUGGUUCCUCGCGGGUCCUGGUUUCCUUUCGCCACCAGAUUCCUCUUUUCCCCUCGGGGGGGUCAUUGGGGGACACGUCGGCUGCUCUGGGGGUCACCCUGUGCUGUCCCCUCUGCUCUGGGCUGGUGUCUCUGUGGGGUCGCUCUGGGUUUUGAUCGUCUUUGUUCUGUAGAAGAUUAGAAAUUCACUGUCGCGUGUUGAAGCUGGUCUGGGGUUAAGUGGAAAGGAUGGAGAAUGGAGGAAACUCCUUCCAGAGUCUCGAUUUCCACCCAUUUUUGGAAGGGCAGGCAGAAGGCACUGGGGCUGAGGUGACAGGUCCGGGCUGGCAGGUCUCUUGUGUCCCCCUGCUCCCUGGGAGUGCUCCAGGGUGUUAGUUUGGAUGGAUGCAAAUAGUUCAGGCGAAUAAAAAUGAAUUUUCUUGGGGUGUCUGUAUGAGGGAAACGUGAUUUUUUUCCUAAAUUUCUCUCCAAAGCGGAGCUUUGUUCCAAUGCAUCAUAUCCAAUACCUCCAGGCUUUCUCUGGAAAAAAAAAAAAACAAAACAAAACAGGAAAGAAGAAUAUUUGUGUUUUCCAGCACAAACUCUUUGAAAAGGCAAGGUGUGGUUGUCCACGAUGUCUGUGAUGUGCUGCCUGAUGUCCUGGUGUCCAGGAGCUCUCCUCUUCCUGAGCAGCAUCAGGAUGAAAUAAGUCAUCAGGGUGAAUUAAUUAUCCCACCUGAAGAGCCAGAAACACACCCCGUGUCUACCUGCCUCUUCGCCCUCUGCUUUUGGAGCAUCCCUUGUUGGAUGGCUGCUCUGGAGCGGGCAGGAUUUGUCCCUUCCAGGUCCUGCCCAUCCCUCCCUGUCCCUGCUGCACCCUCCAGUGAGGACCAAACCACCCAGGUGGGAAGGAUGCUGCAAACCACACCUCCCCCUUCGCUCAGGAUGCUUUAGGAACCCGAAAAAAAGGGUUCCUGAGACCCUUCAGCAGCAAUAACUGGAUCGUCCCGGGCUGCCCCCAGCAUCUCAGGCUCUUGGGGAGUGGGAAUGUGAGCAUGGGGAGGGUCAAGGAGCAUCAUUCGGUCCCACCAGAGAUGGAGGUGCUGCAGGAAGGGCAGCUGAAGGGAACAGCCUUGAAUAAACUAAGCUGGAGCCAUGCAUUUUUGUUUGGUUCUUUUUUUUAUUAUUAUUAAUUAUUAAUAUUCUUUUUUGGGUUGGAUUUCAUUUGUACUUCAUUUGUGGGUCACUCUGGAUGAUACGAAACUACUGUUUGCCAAUGGAUUUGACCUUUUUACUGUGAUUGGUUUCAAUAAAUGGGAAAUUCAGA